CGUGAGUCGGCUGAGGGUGUUCCUACUCACGGCAACACCGUCUGAUGGGUGGGGAGACACAUAGCAGACAGACAAGCAUACACGCACUUUGCCAUUUCAUCCACGACGAUUGGAUCUCAGGUGGCCCAGAUUAAGCGAAAGUGACUCGAUGGCGGUGUCGCGUCUGAAUGAUUCGUGCAAGGCACACACAGACUUCCCUUGCCCGUGUUGCUCAUUGGUUUGCCUACGUCUCCUGUUGGUGUGCGGGGCAUUGCAAUGAAGACAAUCGCCGUCAGAUAUAAAAUGUAGACAACGAUGACAGCUGAAAGCAGGCAGGCAAGGACAGAAAGGGCCAUGAGCAGCAGCUAAGGGCUCGUGGGCCUCGUCCAAUAUUGGCCUCGUCUGCAUCCAUGUGCGUGCCUGCUCUUGCUGUUCUUCCACGUCGUCGAUCUGCUCCUCCUCCUCCUCGCUGUCGCUCCACUGGGGCUGAUGCUGCUCUUGCUGCUGGCGGGGCUCUUGCCGCUCUUGCUCGAGCUGCAGAUCUCCGGUUGGCGGCCGGUCCGGCGACAUAGGGAGGGUGGAGGUGUGGCUGUCGUAGACGGCAACACGACCACUCAACACCUUCCCCAUGUCACUCUUGGAAAGCAGUUGCCCAUCUUCCGAUAUCGCCCCCAAGAGCGAGCUGUCGAUCUGCACCAUUCCAUCCACGACAGGGAUUCCGAAGCAGAGGGGGUUGUGUCGGGGCCUUUUGUCUGUCUGUCUGGCUGAGCGUGUUGUUGUGUACCUCCCGCUGCUGUCGCUUGGACACCUUGAGGCCCCCUGAAGAGAUAGCAAGGACAGAGAGCCACGAAGGUCACAUGCACAGAUGGAUGGAUGUGAGUCGCCUCUCCCUGCCCCCUUUCCGUUUGAAUGGUGGUUUACCUUCGGCUGUGGACGGCCCCUCUGAUUUAGGCGGCUGCACCCGAUCCCACACGCUCGACGCCCCUGAUAUCCACAGCAACAGAAUGUUUACAUACAUCCGUAGGUACCAUUCACAGAUGCAUGACCGUCCUUCCCACCUCUCUGCUCACGCUCGCCCUCCUUGCCCGUCUUCUUCUCGUCGUCCUUCUUGCUUCUUGUUCUCUGCUCGGCAGGCAUAGCAUGUAAGAGAUUAGAACUCGACGUGGGCUGGUUCCAGUGAUGUGUAUGUUCUUGAGUACAAGCAUACAUACCGGCGGCCUCGAGUAGCUGGUUGAUGAGGGCCUCCAGGCGAGGGACAGGCACCUUGUUCAUCCAGUCGGGGUUGUCUGUCUCCUCCUCGGUCAGCAAUAAUGUGAUGGUGCCGUCGUCGUUAUCGGCCGCCCACUGAUUCAAAAACUCGAUACAGCUCCUCCGUUCCGUGUCUGAUGGACACAUAGCUGUCUGCCUUCUGCCUCUUUCUCUGCGGCUGUUUGUCUGUCUGAUGGGAGGGAGGACACUCGUACCGUCGCUCGCGUCAGUGUCAGGCGCGGCGAGGGUAGUCGACUUGGAAGCCUGCAGACACACCGACACACAUUCACAACAUCACCUCACCCACAGACUCUGUGCAUUUAUGUGACAUGUGUGCGGCCCUCCCUCUGAACCCCCAGCUACCUGGUGGCGGCCGGCCGUGUCGUAGUCCUGCUCAUGGUUGUGGGGGAGGGAUGGAGGCUGCUGGUCAUCCUCAUGGCAAGGUUGCUCUGUUCUCGUUGGUUUUUGCAGGCGCGAUGGCCGUCCAUGGGAUGGAUCUCCACACCAUCCUCCUCAACAUGAAAGUCGUUGCCCUCCACACCGACCUUUAUGUUGUGUAUGCUCUCCAUCUCCACGCACACCAUCCUCCUCAAGCUCUGCUACCUUGGAAGGUACACAGACACAACACACAAACAGAUGCAAACACAGGGAUGACGGGCCUGAGCCCUCUCGUUGUCCUCCUUCUCCUUCAAAUCACUGUCGGCCAAACCCAACUCACCCUUCUGCAUGACACACACACACACCCUCUCUUGUGGCCGGGCUUGCCCUCGCCCUCACCCUCCCCGUCGCCAUGGCCGCCUCACACGCAACCUCGUCUUCACGCUGCAGGUAGCACACACCAAGGCAAGAAAGGGGUGCAUGGAAUGGGGUGCGUGGCACGUUCUUCCGUGUGCGCACUACCUCUCAGCAGCGGUAUUGUUGGUGUGGGCGACGAUGGGCUCCUGCUGGGGCUACUCGGGAUCCUUGCACGCUUCCUCAUCCUUCCUGGCGACCACCUCUUGCGAGUUCUAAGACAAGGAACGCCACGCGGAGCCAAAAACGCGGAGAAACG